CGUAAUUUCACAAAAAGCCCCCCUAUAAAUAAGCUGCCCGAGCAGAGAGAACAACCGUCUCCCAUAUAACGAAAAAAAAUCCGUUUCCUUCAGAAACUUCGACAGCUCUCUCGAAAGUUGAUUACUUGAUUUAGUUGCAAAAUUCACCAUUUGAGUGAUGGAAACUGGUGGCAAUUCUCUUCCAUCUGGGCCAGAUGGUGUGAAGCGGAAAGUAUCAUAUUUCUAUGACCCAGAAGUGGGUAAUUAUUACUAUGGGCAGGGUCAUCCGAUGAAACCACAUCGUAUUCGAAUGACCCAUUCCCUCCUUGCGCACUACGGACUGCUUCAGCAAAUGAGCGUCUUCAAGCCACAUCCUGCUAGAGACAGAGAUCUCUGCCGCUUCCAUGCUGAUGACUAUGUCGCCUUCUUGCGUAGCAUCACCCCAGACACACAACAGGAUCAGAUGAGGGCAUUGAAGAGGUUCAAUGUAGGCGAAGACUGUCCUGUGUUUGAUGGCCUUUACUCUUUCUGUCAGACGUAUGCAGGUGGAUCAGUGGGUGGUGCCGUGAAAUUAAACCAUGGGCUUUGUGAUAUUGGUAUCAAUUGGGCUGGUGGGCUUCAUCAUGCCAAGAAAUGUGAGGCCUCUGGAUUUUGUUAUGUGAACGACAUUGUCUUGGCAAUUUUGGAACUUCUCAAGCAGCAUGAGCGUGUUUUAUAUGUGGACAUCGAUAUCCAUCACGGAGAUGGUGUAGAAGAGGCCUUCUACACAACUGACAGGGUCAUGACCGUUUCAUUCCAUAAAUUUGGAGACUAUUUCCCUGGCACAGGCGACGUACGUGAUGUUGGAUAUGGAAGGGGGAAGUACUACUCUCUAAAUGUCCCUCUUGACGAUGGAAUUGAUGAUGAGAGCUAUCAGUCCUUAUUCAAGCCGAUCAUUGGGAAAGUGAUGGAGGUUUUCCGACCAGGUGCUGUCGUUCUCCAGUGCGGUGCUGACUCCUUAUCUGGAGACAGGUUGGGCUGUUUCAACCUCUCCAUCAAAGGUCAUGCAGAGUGCGUUAGAUAUAUGAGAUCAUUCAAUGUCCCAUUGCUGCUGGUAGGCGGCGGCGGCUAUACCAUUCGGAAUGUUGCUCGUUGUUGGUGCUACGAGACAGCAGUUGCACUCGAUAUAGAAAUUGAUGACAAGAUGCCGCAGCAUGAAUAUUAUGAGUAUUUUGGUCCGGAUUAUACUCUUCAUGUUGCUCCAAGUAACAUGGAGAAUAAGAACUCUCGCAAGUUGUUGGAAGAUAUAAGAGUAAAGCUGCUUGAUAAUCUUUCAUUGCUCCGGCAUGCGCCUAGUGUCCAGUUCCAGGAAAGGCCACCUGAUUCUGAGCUUCCAGAGGCAGAUGAGGAUCAAGACGAUGCAGAUGAGAGAUGGGAUCCCGAUUCUGAUAUGGAAAUCGACAAUUCUAAGCAUCAGGAUGAGGCAUUGCGUAAGCCCGCUUCAAGUAACAUACAGAAUGUAAGAAUCAAGAGAGAGAUGAUUGAAUCUGAGCUCAAAGAUCAGGAAGAUAAAAAAGUAGUAGCGGAGCAUGUUAAGGGCAUGGAUACAACCACGGAGGAUGGCACAAAGGUGAAGCUCAAACACACGGAUACAUGGGCAACCCACAUGCACACUCACCCACCCUGAAUCUUCAUCUGCUUCUGACACAGGCCCAAUGUCAAUUGACGAACCAAGCAGCGUAAAGCUCGAACCUGAAAGCUCGAACAAACUGUCAGAUCAGCCCCUCUUGGUCUACUCGAAACCUUGAGCUUGCCUGCCCACUGACUCUGACUAUUCAUGAACAGCUCGAUCUGUAAAUCCUUCAUGGCCCAUUCUCUUAAUGUUUCUUUUGCGAUUUCAUGCAAUUAUUAUAUUUUUACGUUAAAAAACGUGAGCCAGAAAGACGAGAAUGUCUAAGCUUGGCUCUCUAAAUCGCAUCGAGUUUUGAUUUAUGAAAAUUGUAGAGAAAGAAAGCCUGAUUGUAACAAUAACAUUAUCAAAAGGAAACGAUGCUGUUACAAAACACGUCAUGAAGAAAUACAGAUAUAGCAUUUUUUUGUUUGCU